AUGGUUAUGGAGUUUAUAUUACUGGGAUUUUCAGAUCUCAACUUUUUCCGUCUUCCGUUCUUCAUUCUCAUCACUUUCCUCUAUAUAGCGACUGUGGCUGCAAAUCUGUUGAUCUUCUCCUUAAUAUCCUUGAGUUCCAGCCAUAAAAUGAAAUCUCCUAUGUACAUUUUCCUUAGUCAUCUCUCUCUCUCCGAUAUACUUAUCAGUACAACAGUUGCUCCUCACGCCUUAAAGGUGAUUUUAUUGGGUAAUACGAGCAUGUCGGCCCUUGGCUGCAUUACUCAGUUAUAUUUCUUGGGUGCCUUCACCAUUUUAGAAUGCUGUCUCCUCACUGUGAUGUCUUAUGACCGAUAUUUGGCCAUUUGUAGACCAUUGAGGUACAUGUCUAUAAUGAACACUAAACUUCUCCACGGUCUUCUCACAUACUCAUGGAUGGUGGGGUUCCUUCAGCCUCUCAUCACCCAUACACUUAUUCUAUAUCAAGACUUUUGUGGACCGAAUGUCAUUGACCAUUUCUUUUGUGAUGUUGCUCCUCUACUAGAACUUUCUUGCUCUGACAGAACCCUGGUAGAUAUUGAAGUGUCUAUUGCAGCCUUGUUUGUUGGUCUUCUUCAGUUCCUGUUUAUCGUCAUCUCUUAUAUUCUCAUAUUUUACUCCAUUUUUCAUAUGUCCUCAAAGGCUGGUAAGGAAAAGGCCUUCUCCACAUGUAGCUCACAUCUGGCUGUUGUUUGUGCAUUUUAUGGGACACUCAUCAUAUUGUACUUAUCUCCAUCCAGAGGAUAUUCCUUUAGCUUAAAUAAGAUGCUAUCCCUCAUUAACACUGUGGUGACCCCAUUCUUCAACCCCAUCAUCUACACUCUGAGGAAUCAGGAGAUCAGAUUGGCCCUUAAAGUCCUUCUAUGUUUUAAAAUACAAAAGCAUGAAGUAAAACAAAUCUAA